AUGUGGAGCAGUUUAGAUCCCUCGGAUUCCCUCGGUGGUCGUGUUGCUGGGGAAUGUGGGAAAAGACCAGGGUGCCCUACUUCGUGGUGUUCGGUGCAUUCACUGCAAGAUGGUGUGAGAAUUGAAUAUCCCUUCCAGAAUCAGAAACUCUAUGAGAAGUCAGACCAGACCUUCUUCCAGUCCUUUUGCGCAGGGGGUUUGGCCGAGAAGCAUGGCAAUGCGAAGACCUCUGAGGAGCUGAGGCUUUGCAAGAUUGGUGGUUGUUGUGGAGCCUCGACUCCAUCACUCCAGCGUGAGGAGAUCCUUGCAAGAAUGGCUGCUAUUCCGCAUUGGACCUUGGCUCCGGACGGUACCCGCAUCAGCCUUUGCCUCGUGGCGAAAAACUGGGGCGCAGCAAUGAAGUUCCUGAACCAGGUGGGGGAGCUGGCUGAAGCUGAAGGCCACCAUCCUGAUCUUCAUCUCACCUCCUAUCGCACCGUUCAGGUGGAUCUCUUUACGCACGCCAUCGGCGGCCUCUCGUUGCCAGACUUUGUGCUCGCUGCGAAGAUUGAUGCCAUUGAGCUACGGAGCUCUGUUUUGCGCUGUGAAGACCACAGCAUGAGAGAGAAGACCAAGUUCGAAACACCUCACUUGGUGAUCUUCAAAGACUGGCGCCUGACAAUGCUUCAGAUGACCUUUACAUUUUCGGUGGCUGUGUAUGUGGUCGUGAAGUCCUUACUGCUGUGGAGCGUGAUCAACUAUGAGGAGAUCGCUGCGGGCUUUAAUAGCUGGUGCUUCACCUCAUGGCAAUCCACCCCAAGUGGCCCUGAUUCGCCACACUGCCAGAGCAACAGCAGCUUUGACCUGGUGCCCCUGAAUCCGAUGGAACUGGGUGGCUUGGAGGCCUUCAACCAUAGCUGUCCCAGCGUCACCGGGGCAGGGAUCAUGCGGCAAGUGGGUGCUGAAGCCCAGAUUACUGUUUGGAAGCAACGCCGCCGCACCAGCUCUGGUUGCUCCAGUGCCACAAGCUCCAGCGCGGUCGAUGUGAACGGACGGCCUUGCGUCGAGAGCUUCUUCAUGAACGGUGUUGAAGACUUGCCUCUCUUCCUCAUCCACACGGUCUCUGCCACCGGCAUUGGCAUCACUCGCUCUUUGCUUCCGUGCAAAAUUGUGAGCCCAGAUGGCGUGAUCUUGGACUAUGCCAAUCCUGGAGAGAACAACAAUGGAUGGGCCUUUACACUAAGGAAGUUAUUGCAGUAUGCUGGCAAUGUCUCUCUGGACAAUCUGAACCAGGGCAAUGUGGUGGAAGUGGCACCUGGCACAUUAAUUCGCUUGCGGCAUACUGGCUUCAUUCUGACCUUACGCUUUCGUUAUUGGAACUACAAGAGCUGGCCAGAAGAAUACUGGGAUUAUCAAUCCUUUCCCUGGGAGUGGAGACCCAGUGAACCUCAAUGUUCCCUGGAGGUGGAACUGCAACCACAAGCCUGGGGCUUCGUUGGUGCGGAUGAAGAGCCAGAAGGCUCUGUCUUGAGGAGCGUGGCGCGGAUCCAGUUCGUGGGCAGUGGGCAAUUCGGCGAGCUCUCCUGGCUUCUAGUAGUCACCUCCCUGAUCGAAGCCUUUGUUUUGAUGGGAAUUGCAAGCUCAGUGACGCUGCAUGUGGCCAGAUGCCUCUACGGAGACAUGUUCCGGCAGGUCACAGAGACCUCUUAUGAAAAGGUCACGACCCAGGCGGACGCUGCGGCCCAAACGCGAAGUUCUCGCAUGAUGGGGCGAAACCGGACGAGCGCCUUUCAGCAGACCAAGCCCAAUUCUGGAAGCCAGUUGGACUUGACGAAUGCUCCCUUGCAGGAGGUGACCAUCAGCAACGGCCUGAGUCGCCGAACUUUGCACCUCCUUUGGCAUUUGGCGAAAGUGCCUGAUGUGCCGAAGUUCGAUGGUGAAACGUUGUUGCAGAGCUACUUGGAAUGCCGUUUCUUGGGUCUGAGCAAUGUGGAAGCGUUGACCACACUCGGAGGCAGCUCUCCUUUACAGCUCAUCCAAGCAGCCGAAGAUGCGAUGGCUUUGCUUCCGCCCGAUGACCAAGCGCAUUUGGUGCUGACAGAGCUGAGCAAGCGCUGGCGAUUGGAAGAAUUCGGAUUCCUACCGGAGUGUUGGGGACCGUUCCAGUUCUGGUCGACCUUCGUCUUCCCAUCGGGCCGACCAGGUCGAUCGACCAUCGGUCCGAUCCGGAUCCGUUCGAGAUCCCGUAGGCCAGUGCUGCGAGAUGCGGUGAGUCUCACAGGAGGUGAUGAUGGCAAGGAUGCGGAGAAUGUCACAGCGAAGAACCGAGCCUUGGGAUCCGAGAUUCAUCUGCAGCCAGCUGGGCAACACCUGCACGCGUUUCAGAGCGAGGGAGGUGCAGAGCUGAGGAACGAGGAACGGGUUGGCACGACCGUCACCAACACCAGCUCUGUUAGAUAUGGCACCCACUUCUUGCUGCCCGAUGGACUCCUCGACCAGUGCAACGAUUUUCGCUCUGGAGCCAAGCAUUUGGGCGACGAGGUGGACUCCAUGUCGGGCGGAACGAACAACCGCGCUGUGUGCAGCCGGGAUGGCACGAUGCGUUUCCAGCAGCACAGGGACGGCUUCUUCUACUGGAGGCCAGGUCAUGAGACAUGGACUGCGCAGCAAGUGGCGCAGGAGCCUCGUGUGGGCGACCAACGAGCUCGCUUUGAAGUGACUUGUGCGGGGCCGGCCACGAUUCUGGCGCUCCAGGUCCAAGAAGCGCGAAAGUCCCGGAUCGGGCUCGCUCUCGAGGACACCCCGGGGCACCGGCCCCUGGACGCGUGCUUCGCGGAGCUUCGAAAGACCUCCAGCCUGGAUGUGGGUCACAGCUCUCAGCUCGGCCUUUCUUCAUGUGUACCCUGUGAUCAGCACGAUGAGGGCGGCGUCAGCGAGGAGAGGAAGGCUUCGUCCGAUGUCCGCGGGCCAGGUGGGCCGAACUGGGCCGAACUGGGCUUCCACAUCCACAGCGGAUGGGACGAGACAAACCAUUCUGACAUGGAACUGCUGGGAAGGCGUUGCUUUCUUUCCAUACAAGCUGGGCAAGUCCUUGAUUUAUGCGACUUUGGCCUGGCGCCCCAGCCUAGUCCUUCGGAGGCUGCGCAGGAGGAUCUGCUGGCCUCCUUCACGAAUCUCCGGUCGCUGAUCGAGGGGCCUCGCCAUGGGCUAGAGGAUGCCGAGGAGAUUCCACGGCUGCCUCCCAAGACGGCGACAGGAGUGUUGCGGAAUGGGCUCACGUACUAUGUUCUCAAGAACAAGGAGCCCAAAGCUCGAGCGGAGCUCUUCCUGGCCGUUGGAUUUGGAUCCCUUGUGGAGGAAGAAGAGGAGCGCGGAAUCGCUCACAUCAUCGAACAUCUUGGGUUCUCGGCCACCAAAGCCUACGAGAACCAUGCCAUUGUGAAGUUCUUGGAAUCCAUUGGUGCACCCUUCGGUGCAUGCCAAAAUGCGUAUACCAGUUUUGACUGUACUGUGUACACGCUUCAUGUGCCAACUGACAAGGAAGGCUUGGUGGAAGAAUCGUUGAAAGUCCUGCGGGAGUUUGCGUACUUCACGCGAAUCUCAGAGGAAGAUCUCGACAAAGAGCGUAAAGUGGUCCUUGAGGAGUGGCGCGAAAGCCGCAAUGCGCAGGGCCGUCUCAGCGAGCGUUACAUCCAGGCGCUUUGUGGAGCUGGCUGUCGUUGGUGCGAGCGCUUACCCAUUGGGAAAGAAGAGGUCAUUCGUGGCGUCUCCGCAGAGACUCUUCGAAAGUUUUAUCAGAAGUUUUACCAUCCGGCACAGAUGGCGAUCAUCGCGGUCGGCGACUUUGACGAGGAGAUGGUCCAGCAGAAGAUCAAGGAACUCUUCGACCUCGCGCCCAGCGAGAUCGACCCGUUACCCCGGCAGAGCGAGGCGCCUGGACGACCCAGGUAUGCGGUGCCGGACUCUGAGGGUGUGCGUGUGGCGAGCAGCACUGAUCCUGAACUCAGCUUUGCACAAAGCAUGGUGGACUGCAAGCGCCCCCGUCUUCCGGCGAAGACGGUGCGAGAUGUGCGGCGUCGCAUGACAGAGGACCUGUUCCAUCGCGCCUUAAGCAGCCGACUGCUGCGCUUGACGCUGCAGGGGCCCUUGGAAGGUGGCGCAAGGGACUUCUUCUCGGCCGCCACGGAGUCCUCGGAUCCGCUCCCCGCGCUGAAUAACCUAUGUGCAAGCUUGGCACCGCUCCCGGGACGAGUGCGCCCAGCGCUUCGCAGCAUGCUCAGGGAAUUGGAACGGCUCCGGCGCUUCGGCUUCCACCGUGCCGAAGUGCGCCGGGCGCAGCGCGCCAUGCUGGCCGAAUUCGAGGAGGACUACAUUGAGCGGGAGCAACGGCCCUCUGAGAGCUUUGCAGAGGAAUUCACAUCACUCUUCUUGGACGAGGACUGUGCUCCAGGUGUUGUCGAACGUGCACGCUUAGCGGCGCACUUAUUGCCAGGCAUCAGCCCUGAUGAGGUCUCCAGCGUGGCGAAGCUCUACGAUUUCACCAAGAACGUGGUGGUGAAAAUCGCCACUCCGCUGAUGUCGGUCCGAAGUCCAGCUUACACCUGUUGGAGCGUCAUGCAGGCCUGUAGACAAAUGAGCUUGCCAAGACCAUCCCUGGAUUUGCCAGGGGAGGAGGAGGUGGCACAGAUCAUGAAGAGUGUGACUUCCGAGCAGAUGGAGGCAUGGCCUCCUGAUGCGGAUGAUCCGGAAGAACGUCUUCGAAACCUCUUCGAGGGCUGCGCGGAGGAACUGCUCCCUCCCAGUCGCACCGGAACCUCCCGCGGUCGAGAGGUGCGUGCAGAAGGUGUUCCAAAGCCAUCACGGAAGGAGGAAGGCUCCAUGGAGGUUAGCGAAGAAGCCUUCGGCGAGGAAGUGAUCCUCCAGAAUGGACUUCGAAUCUUCCUCAAGGAGACGGACCUCUUCGACGAUGAGAUCCUGCUGAGGGGUCGACGUUGGGGCGGCCUUUCAGAAUUCCAGGAGAACGGUAUGUUUAGUGGAGGCAUCAGCUGCGAAGCCCAAGUGAACCAGAUGUGCGCCAUGAUGUUGGGCAUCUGUGGUUUGCCCGCCGAGUCGCUGCAGGAGUGCUUGGAGGGGAAGCGAGUGGAUCCCAACCCUCCAAGCAUGGAGGCCUACACCACAUCGAUGGAUGCAUCUUCCUCGCCUGCUGAUUUCGAGGUUCUUUUGAUGCUGGUGGCACUGCUCUUCGUGCGACCUGUGCCCAGUUCAGCCAGUGCAGGAAGGCUGAGCUUAGUGAAGUUGGGUCUCCUCGCGUGGCGUUUGGCCGAGGAUCGAGACCCUCAGAGUCAGUUUCGACGCCGUGUGCUGAGUGCUGUGAGCAGCAACCAUCCGUAUACUUGGUUGCCGAGUCUUUGGAGAAUUUUGCGAUUGAACUUCAAAACGGCUGCACAGAUCUUCAACGAGCGGGCCAGCCAACCACGUGAGUGGACCUUUGUUUUGACGGGCAAAUUGCCCAAGAAGGAGAAGCUAAUGACACUGCUGGAGACCUAUCUGGGCUCAAUCCCCAAUCGGGAUGGUUCGAACGAGAGAUGCGACGAUCUGACCAUGCGAGAAUCAGUGAAGUCACUGGAGAUUCAUUUUCCAACGAAGUCCGUCCAGGAAGACGUCCACCUUCGGAUGGUCGAACCCAAGGGGAGCACGGUGCUCUGCUUCCCGCUGCAGAUGUCCUCCAGUUCGUGUGCGGAUUCGCUCGAAAAAUGCGCAGAAGAGCUGCUGGAGCUGAUGCAACUGCAGCUUUUGGUACGGCUGCUGGAGACACGCCUGGUCGAAGUGCUGCGUUUUCAGAGGGGCCAGGUCUACUCCGUGGCCGUCGGCAGUGACCUGGGCCUGUCGCCACCCAAGAUGGGGCACGCACGACGUGGAAAUCUCAGUGUCAGUUUUGAAUGCGAUCCAGUGGAAUCCGACGAACUGGUCCAAGCCACCAGAGCUGAGCUCCAGCGUUUGCGCGAUGGCUCUGCGGCCUUCACGGCCGAGAAUGUCGCCGCGGCCAUGGAGCAGGACCGUCGAGAGUUGGAGGAGCUGAUUCAUACCAACAGUUGGUGGGCGAACACGAUCCUGGACCUCUACUUCUCGCGCUGCUACGUGGCUCAGCCGGAUGUGGGCAGCACCAUGUCCCAGUGGUGGAGAGCACGAAAGGCGAUGCUCGAGAGCUUCGAUGCCACGAAGGCGCACGAGCUGCUGCGGAGCACGUUGCCGGAGAGUGGGCAUUCCGUCGUGGUGGCCAUGCGACCCAAGGGUGGCAAGGCCGCGCGCGCGUACACCAUGAGCCGUUGGCUGCAGCUCUUUUUGGGGCUAUGGGCUUUGUCAGGCGGAGACCCUGCCCGUGUGGUGCUGCCUUUGACUCCUGUGGAUCGCAGGGGGGAAGCCCUCACGGAGGUGACAGCCCGGCAGUUGAAGUUGGACUCACAUCCGAAUGUGCUGGGCAACUAUGACAAUGUGCAGUACCAUGUGCAGAUUGAGAUUGGCGCCGCGUGUCCAUCGUAUGGUCGGCAACAGUUCAAGGUAGUGCCGGAUACCGGCAGCUCCGACCUUUGGAUUCCUGCCGUGAACUGCUCGCGCUGCAAGACUGGAACCAAAAAGUUUGACAUCAAGAAGUCUUGCAAGGCAGAGGAGAUCGGCAACCGCAUCACCUUCCGCUACGGCGACGGCACAGUGGCCAAUGGAGGUUCCUUCUAUGACACGGUGAGGAUCGGAGACCUGGAGGUUCAGCGGCAGCUGCUGAUUCAGGUGGAUGACAUGGAAUCUGAUACUCACAUGAAGUCGGAUGGCAUCUUGGGUUUGGCACAUCACUAUGCCUCGGAUCGGAGUCUCAGAGGCGAAACCUUUGUCUCCACGCUCUUCAGGGAGCACCCCCACCUACCGGCGCAGUUCUCCUUCUACCUCACGGGGCGUGGCUCCAGCGACGCCAAGUCUCAGCUGGUCUUCGGCGAUCCAGACCUUGGGACACACUCGAAGGAGACGAGCUUUCGCUAUGGCAAGGGCCAGUACAUGUCCACCACGGAUCUUUGGUUGACCAGCGUUUGGUCCAUCGGCUGGAGUGACACAGGCGUCGAGGUGACCUUCCCAGAUCGUGGCACGUUGGGCGCACCUGCUUUGAUCGACUCAGGGUCUUCGCUUUUGGUCAUCGAGCCGACGGUCUAUGACCGACUCAUCUCAGAGCUUCGAUGGCGCUUUACCAACUGCCAUUCGCUACCUGAACAGCAGAUCCUCAGCUGUGAUUGCCCACCAGCCAAUGACCUGAGUAGGAUACCGCAGCUAGUGAUCAACGUCAUCGAUGAGCAUGACAAGCAGUUCAGCCUUUGCAUGUCUCCAGACGAGUUCAUCCUUGAGUCAGUGGACCCUCUGACUGGCAGGACCUCCUGCGUGCCCAGUAUUCAACGUGGGAGCGACAGCCAACCCGUGCCGCUGAUCUUCGGCAUGACGUUCAUGCGCGCCUUCUACACCACUUUUGAUAUGAAGCAUGGCCGAAUCGGCUUUGCACGGAGUAACCUCUCCCCCUUGCCUGGCUUGGCUCAGUGCUCUGCUGACACCCAACCACUGCUGCGGCGAAGCAUUUGGGUUCUGUCAUUGCUUGUGGCCGUGGCUUCUGUUUGUUUUGCCUGCUACGUUUUCUUUGUGCCAGGAACCUACGUGCCUCAAGCAAAGGCUGCACCAACGAGUGCAAAUCAGGUGCCUCGACGCAUGUGA